UGCUGGAUGGUUGGUGAGUUUAUUUUAGGAACUGCAGCCAUGAAUGAAGAAAAUAUGGAUGGAGCAAAUGGAUGCAGUAAAGUUCGAACUGGUAUUCAAAAUGAAGCAGCAUUGCUCGCUUUGAUGGAAAAGACUGGUUACAACAUGGUUCAAGAAAAUGGACAAAGGAAAUUUGGUGGUCCUCCUCCAGAUUGGGAAGGUCCACCUCCACCUAGAGGCUGUGAAGUUUUUGUAGGAAAAAUACCUCGUGAUAUUUAUGAAGAUGAGUUAGUUCCUGUAUUUGAAAGAGCUGGGAAGAUAUAUGAAUUUCGACUUAUGAUGGAAUUUAGUGGUGAAAAUAGAGGUUAUGCUUUUGUGAUGUACACUAUGAAAGAAGAAGCCCAGUUGGCCAUUAGAAUUCUUAAUAAUUAUGAGAUUCGUCCAGGGAAGUUUAUUGGUGUCUGUGUGAGCUUGGAUAAUUGUAGAUUAUUUAUUGGAGCUAUUCCCAAGGAAAAGAAGAAAGAAGAAAUUUUGGAUGAAAUGAAGAAAGUUACAGAAGGAGUUGUAGAUGUCAUUGUUUAUCCAAGUGCAACUGAUAAGACCAAAAAUCGUGGUUUUGCUUUUGUUAAGUAUGAGUCUCACAGAGCUGCUGCUAUGGCUAGGAGGAAAUUAAUUCCAGGUACAUUCCAACUCUGGGGCCAUACCAUUCAGGUGGAUUGGGCUGAUCCGGAGAAAGAAGUUGAUGAGGAAACUAUGCAAAGAGUUAAAGUUCUCUUCGUAAGAAAUUUAAUGAUCUCAACUACAGAAGAAACAAUUAAAGGAGAAUUCAAUAAAUUCAAACCUGGUGCAGUUGAACGAGUAAAAAAACUUAGAGAUUAUGCUUUUGUUCACUUUUUCAACCGAGAAGAUGCAGUAGCUGCUAUGUCUGUUAUGAGUGGGAAAUGCAUUGAUGGAGCAAGUAUUGAGGUAACACUUGCAAAACCAGUAAAUAAAGAAAGCACUGGGCGCCAACACCUUAAUGGUCAGAUUAGCCCCAGUCCUGAAAACCUGAUUGUGUAUAUUAACAAAGAAGAGAACCACCCCAAAACUCUAGGGAAGGCACCAGCUCUCCCUGCUCGGCUCAACGGUCAUAGUCCAAGCCCCCCUGAAGUUGAAAGAUGCACUUAUCCUUUCUUUCCUGGGACAAAGCUUACUCCAAUUAGUAUGUAUUCUUUAAAAUCCAGUCAUUUUAAUUCUGCAGUAAUGCACUUGGAUUAUUACUGCAACAAAAAUAAUUGGGCACCACCAGAAUAUUAUUUAUAUUCAACAACCAGUCAGGAUGGGAAAGUACUCUUGGUAUACAAAAUAGUUAUGUAUUUAUUUACAGACUGCAGUUUCCGUCGCAGCUCAAUAAAUAGUCUUUCCCCUGUUAGUGCUACCCUCUCUUCUGGGAUUCCCAGCGUGCUUCCUUAUACUUCAAGGCCUUAUUCUUAUCCAGGCUACCCCCUGUCACUUGUUCAUGGCAGCCAUGUUGGACAACAACUAUUUAUCUCCAAUCAGGCCUCAUUCUUCUGAAGAAAACCUGUAAACCUUAGUACGAAAUUACUUUGUGUAAAGCAAGCAAAGUAAAAUACUGUUUUAUUUUAGAAUUGGAUUUGCACAUUUGGCUUUAAAAAUAAUAUAUUCCAACAUACUAAACGUCAACAAUAAUUCAGGAUAUCAGAGUCAUACAAUUUAUAAAAAUGCAACGUUUGAAAAGUUACUCAGUGAUUUGCAAACUGCUAUUGUUCUUAAACUUACGGAAUUUUCUUGUAAUUCCUGAGUGGGCAGUAGAUCCCAGUGGUUUAUUUUUUGUGUAACUUCUUUGCAGAAUUUUCACAUAUUAAGCCACUUGGAAACAAUAGUUAUACUAAAUUUGAAAACCAAGGAUCACUAUCUGUAUUGGAGAUUGGAACAAUUAUAUAUUAGGUAGAAAGAAAUGAUGAGACAAAAAGAUUAAGAUGCUAAUUUUGUGCAGUACUAAAGAUAACACAAUCUACCAUUGUGGUCCUUGAAAAUAGCUGUAAGUAUUUUAGUUAAUUAUUUGUUACAGAAAUAAAUUCUAAUUUUGCUGUUACAUAUUUAAGGAUUUUAUAGUUAUGCUUCAUUUGUGUUU